UCCUUUUGGAUAUAAGGGUUUCCUACGGCGCUUCCACACUCGCUUUCUUUGUUUCGUAUCAAUCUUGGUACUUCUUGGUGUUGUGGGAAAAAGGAAGUUAAUUCUGCAUUGCAUCCUUCUUUCUUGUGCUGUGCCUCUUUUCCGCUACCUCCGUACUUUUGGUCCUUGAGGCGGUCUUUUGUACUGUCGGAAGGUCUGCAGCAACACAGCGAGUCACGAAUUUGUAUUGGUGCAUCAAACAUCUACUGGACAACAUCUUCCGGAUAUCUCAAGCAGUGCUACCCUCUACUCCUUCCUCACCCUAGAUCUACAAGCCUCCGACAAAUUACGAGCAUGAAGAUCUCAACUCUGACAGCCACAUUGGCUAUAAUGUUCUCGGCCUCUGUCAAGGCAGCACCGACACUUGAACAACGCUGGUCAUCUCCAUCAUUCUGGACUUCGCACUCAGGACACUCUGCAUCCACACGCCGCGGCUGCAACUAUUCUCUCUGCGACCUCUCAAAAGCAAGACUACCUCAAGCACCAACACCUCUCCCGCCGCCUUCAUACAACUUAUCUCUCAGCCAUGUCUCCAUUGGUCGCGGGACUCAGAAUUACACUUGCGAUCUGUCGAACAGCACAUCCAUUCCGGUCGCGGCGGGUGCAACGGCAGCUCUUUACAACGUCUCUUGCAUCGCCGCCAACCACCCAACUCUCCUUUCUCUGAUACCUGGUAUCGCCAUCAACCUCCCUCUUCCCACGUCUUCUUCCGCUCUGUCGCCGAUAAACAUGGAACUCUCAGGUCAUCAUUACUUCCUGGACGCGACUACACCUUUCUUCAAUCUCGACACUGAAGUCCACAGCUACGGCAUUGGUGCUUUCAAGAAACUCAACGCUACUUCUGCGCCUGAGGGUGCUGUGAUUGGUGUGGAUGGCUCUGGUAUGGGUGCUGUACCGUGGCUAAAGUUGACAGAGAAGUUUGGAGUUGAAGGAAGUCAAAAGCUGAAAGAAGUGUUCAGAGUCAACACUGCUGGGGGUCAGCCACCUGCUACUUGCCAGGGUCAGCAAGAAAGUAUUCUUGUCGAGUAUGCUGCGGAGUAUUGGGUAUAUGUCUGAUGUGGUUUUUUCUUCUUCUUCUAUAUUUCUUUUUCAGGUGGUAAAUUAAUGCUAGCUUUGGAGGUCGAUCUUGGGAUAGCAAGCAAGUGCGGG